GCAGCAGCCUCCUGCCUCCCCGCCAGCGCCUUUAGUUCUGCUGCCCUGGCUGAGCGCUCUGUGAUUCCACACGCCAGGAAUGUGUGUUGCUGUGAUUCCGCUGCAGUGUGGCAACACGCCCUUUCACUGGGAAUGGUUGAUGUCCAUGCAAAGUCUGACGUUGUGUUACACCAGUGCUUUACCCUGGUCUACUAGUGCAGCCCUUAGCCCCGAGAUUGCAGCACUCGGACGUAAACAUCUACCUGCUCCUGUUUGCAGAGUGUGGGAUAUGGCCUCCAAACUCCUGCACAGGUUUCGGAGGAGGGUUGAAAAAUGCGGCGUUGCUGACGAAACGGGGGAAGACUUUCCUGAGAAAUCGGAGCUUUACGACGAGACGGAGGGGGUGUCCGCCCGCCUCAGCGGGACUCUGAGUUUCGGCGACGCGGGCGGAGUUGAAGAGGACGGGGCCCCAGCAGAUAUGGACAGUGACCCUGACUUCCUGUGUAGCUUUGAGAGUGAUGAGCUUGAACGGGCAGAGAAUCCCCUGGGUGAGCUUAAACACUGCAAUCUGCUGACGAAGCAGCUUCAGGAAAGUUGGAAGAAGGCCAGAGUGAAGUUUAUUGAAGAGAAGCUGAUUUUUGAGGUCACGAGUGCCAAUGUCAUCCAGGAGUCAUCUUCCAAAUACGUGGCCUACACCAUACACGUAAUAAGGUCGGGCUGUUUUGACGAAGACAAGGCACUGAUUACUCGGCGGUACACUGAUUUUGCAAAGUUGAAUGAAACACUCCACAAGCAUUUCAGAGAGGAUAUGGGCAAGGUCGUCUUUCCAAAGAAGAAAAUACGGAAAAACUACACACACGAAACCAUUGCAAAACGCAGUCGGGCUUUCGAACAGUAUCUCCAGCAUAUCCACUCAAUUGCAGACAUUCGCAGGUCCAAAAUAUUUUUGGAAUUCUUUUACCUUCGAGAUUUAAUAGUGGGUCAAGGAUUAUUACGGGGCGGCAUGUGUGAGGACGCUAUGGAGACGUUAAUCAAUGCUCUUCACUUGCAGCAGAAGUUGUGCUCCUGUGAUGCAAGCCAUUUACUUUUCACUCUGGCUUCUAUUUCUGUGUGUUACCAAGAGCAGGAUCUCCUCGAGGAGGCCCAGGCUUACUGUGAGCGGGCCUUGCAAACUAUAGAAAACCAGGAAAAUCAUCCUUUACUUGUGCCUUUACUACAUUCCAAUAUCAGGCUCUCGUGGAAAAUAGCUAAAGACAAACGCCAAUCUGAAGCAAGACUCCAGCAGGUCCAAGAGGCUGGCGUCGAUGUUUUAAACCAACCUACUCUCAAAGAACAUCUUAUUAAAUAUUUUUCAGAAUGAAUUAGACACUGCUUCAUAAAACAGGGUAAAAACAAAUACUUGCAUUUAUAUAGUGCCUUUCAUUACUUCAGAACACUUCAAAGCACUUUACAGCCAAUGAACAGCUUCUGAAGCAUCACCAUUCUUGUAAUGUAAAACACACUGCAGAGUAAACCCCACAAACUGCUGUGAUAUUGACCAGCUAAUGUACUUGAAUGUGUGUAAUUGUCAAAUUAAACUAGGACAGAAGGGAACCUCCCUCUUUGUCUUCAGUGUAAUGGUACAGGUUAUUUUACAAUACCAGUCAUUACAGGAUCAAUAACCAGUUUAUAGGUCUGGUUGGUGAAUUCAUCUACAGUUAUUGAGGGUGAAUCAGAGUCUACUAAACCUAAAGCAGAGGGUGACUAUUUCCCCAUCUUGCUUAGUUUAGUAAGGAGUCCUUUAUGAACUUUGGAUAAAGAAAGUUGUGGAUUUUACUGAGACAGCCAGAAUUUGUUAGCAAACUUAGUGCCUACAAGUCAUUGGUUUAUGGCUCUAUUGUUUAACUUUUCCAGUUCUAACCUAUCAAGAGGCAAUAGAGCCGAAGACACCAAGAGGCAAGAGGGAAUUAAAUUCCGUGGAAUACAAGGAUCAGAACUGUGGUUGGAGGUCUUACUGAAAUGAAUAAACAAAAUCUCAGUCUCAGCUGAGAAAUUUGGAAUUGACUUGGCCUGAGCAGCUUUUUCUGGAGAAAGAAAGAAUUCCUGAUUUCCAGAACCCUUGGUAAGGAAGUACUUCCUGACGUCAUGUCUAUGCUCUGAAUUUUAGGUUUAUGCUCUUUUUAUGGAUUUGCCUCCAGAAAACUUCUGUCUAGCCAAUCAAAUCUUAUGAUUCUUUUCUCAUGACCAGCCUGGGAGUGUGUUCCUUAUUGUGUAGUUAGGUGAUGGAUUAGCCCUGCAUCAUUGCUCAUAAAUGGGACCAGCAGAAGAUUAAAGAAUCAUAGAUGAUUGCUUUCAUAUUUUGAACACUUGUAUCCUGAUCAGACAAAUCUUUAGUUAUUCUGAAUAAAUUGCUUUAGAAUUUGCAAUGGGCCCACAGCUGCCAAACCACCAAUUUUCUUUAUUAAGUUUUCAUGGGCAUUUCUUAGUUGAGGGAUUAUAUUGGCUUGCUCAGGAUAGAGUUAAUAUGUACCUCCAGUGUAAACUGUUCUUAACAAUGACACUACAACAGAUUAUAAUGUUAUGUGGAACAGUCACGACAUGACAUGUGAUUUGUAUAUUUUGGUAUCGUGAUCGUCUAGCCGCUGCCACUGAAGCAGUUUCCAGUAUAUCCAACUUUUAAGAUUAUGAACCAAGGAUAAAUUUAAUUCCCAGCAAAGUACUUGACUUAACAAUAGUUCUGAUCCUUGAUUCCUGUAACGGUACCACUUGAAACAAAAAUGCAAAGCUCAGCAACUUAUUUACUGCUGGAGGUGGAGAUAACUGAUGCCAUUCCAUUAUUCAGAGAAUGACCAAAAUGGCCUCAUCUCAAUUAUCAUUUCUCUCUCAAUCAACAAAAAUCAUUGAUUUGAUCACUUAUUUUUGUGGGAUCUUGCUGUUAUAAAUUCUUUCCAAUUUGCCUAAAAUUACAAAAUGUUUUAGACUUCCUUGGAAUAUAAAUAGCAUUAUGUAAAAGGUUCUUUCUAAACUCAGAUGUGUUGGGUAAGCUGAUGAGUAACUUUAGCUUUAUCUGAACAGUAUUUUAAAAGAGCAUCAUAACUUAAAAAUGCUGCAACAAUAUCUGAAGAGAAGAUUACAUUAUUCUGUUGACUAUUUUUGAAAAACAUACGGAUAGAAGUUUGAAUUUUAUAAAGUACAGUGGCAGAUUUAAAUAUUUUAAAAGAUUUCAAUGGAAUAUAUUUUGCUGUUUACAUUGGAUAUUGAAUCUUGUUUUAAUCAUUUAUGUGAACUGUAAUUAACAAGUUAUGAAAUAAAAGGGAUUCAUGUGAUCUCAACAAAACAUCUGAAACACUUAAGUGGAAGCAGAGUGAUCCAAGAUAUGUAACGGGAUGUGUCUCAAAAAUCAAUGCAUGUUGAUUUAUCUGGGUGUUAAAACAAUUUUCUGGGACCAAAUACCAUGAUUUUGCGCACAAUAAUAAUGGUAUUUAAAAAGCUCAAUUGCAUUGGUGAGACAUUUCCCAAAAUUAAAGGUGAGUCUUCAAUGGGUAGGACAUGCCCUUAUACGGAGACAAUCGGGCAUGCGCAGUAAACUUAAAUAGUGCAAGUGAUAUUGAAACGUAUUUUUCGCUCUCUUACUCCACAUGGAUUAGGUUCACCUGUAGGUUAUAAGAAUACUCUGGAUUUAUUUAAAGGGCCAAACUUAACAUGAACUGCUACCGUGAAAUCCAAAUGCAUGCAUCUUCCUGGAAGAAGAUGCAUUCUAAAUCUUUAUAGUUAAUAACUGCUUCCAACAUUACCCUCCUCCCACUCCACCACCACCAUAAUCAAUCAUCUCUCUACCCAAUGGUCUCCAGUGCCAAACAACACUCACCUCCUGCAAUGAUCAUCUCCACAGUGGGAUUCUCUUCUACACAUGCUCCCACACAUGCUUACUUUUAAGUGGGUUAUAAUUUCUAGGCCCAUGUAUCCAACAUUUGCUGUGAGACUAGUAAGCAGUUACUGAUCCAAUUUCAUAUGUAUCACGCUGUACAAGAGGAUUGAUGUACUAUUAUACAUUCUUCAUGCUGCUUUAAUGUGUAAAGGUGAUAAAAUAUAGGAGUAAGGCUCAGGUAGUGACCUGAUAUCAUUCAGCACUGGUUAAUUGGCCCCAUGCACAGAACACUCAAUCAGCAAUUGUUUCAUUGCGGCUGAAUUUGUUCAGCUGUAUGUUAUUUCAUCUGUCACAUUUUUAAAACGUCUCUGUAACUAUCCAGCUCAAAUAGAAAUCAAUGUUGGAUAUAAAAAAAAGAGGUAUUAAAAGCAAAAUGAAAAUCUUUCACAAGAGAAGGUGGAUACUGUGCACUUGCUUUGAACAAGUGGUUUCAUGUAAAGGGUGCAGAUUCAUAAAUAACUUCCCAAUGAAGUGGCUAUAUACUUAAAAGAAAAAUCUACAAGACUAUGAAGAAAGAGUAGGGGAGCUCGAUUAAUUAGACAGUUUCUUUAAAAUACUGGGGCUGAUACAAAGGAUUUCUCCAUUAUAUGAUAACAGAACUAGUGUUAAAGAUCAGACCAGGUUCU